CAAAAAAAUUCUCUUAAAUAUAACAGUUUUAGGAUGUAAUAAAUUCACAGUUAAGUAGUCAAAAUUUAAAGUAAAGCAGUUACCAUAACGCCUUACCUGCAAUGGACAAUGUUUCGGAAAGGGCCCCGUCUCCCGCACGAUCUUCGCUAAGAGAACCUAGUUUUCGAGAACCUAGCAUUCAGCGAGAUCCAAGCCCUCAAAGAGUACCAAGCAUACAGCGGGGUCUAAGCCCUCAACGAGAGCCAAGCGUCCAACGAGAACCGAGUAUUCUACGAGAGCCAAGUAUUCAGCGAGAACCGAGUAUUCAACGAGGACCGACCCCUUCAAGACAACCGAGCAUUCAACGAGGACCAAGCCCUCCAAGGCAGCCAAACAUUCAACGGGAACCUAGCAUUCAACGAGAGCCUAUUGUUCAAUCAGAACCUAAACGAAACUCUCUAGUCGGAAGUCGACAGGCAUCUGUUUCAUCUCCAAAAAAAGGUUCCCAUACAUCGCCCCGCAUGUCCGUUAAAGGUUCGCCUGCUAGGGGCAGUAGAACUCACUCACCAGUGAAACAAAUGUCUCAUGAUAUAUUAAAAAACAAAAUCAGCAUUUCUAACGCAAGUCAAAAAAUGGCAAGUAAAGAGGACACAAAAGAUACGAUUGCCAACCUUGAACCACAAGGACAACGUAUUAGUAAACAUAUCGAGCAGUUAAAUGAUUCGGUGAAAAAACUGGCUUUGCAAACGUCUGGCUCACAUUCGGAAGCUUUAGACACGAAUAUAGAUAAAAUUGCAGAGAUGAGUAAAAUACUUACAGACGAGGCCAACACUCUCAGGCAAUCCAUCAAGCAUUUGUCAGAGGACAUCUGUCGCACGGAAGUCGGGUUUGGACGAUAUACGGAAGAUAUAACAGAUUUCCCGUAUCAUCUCUUUUUAUUAGAAAUCAUUAUCAAUAAAAUUCAAAUGAAAUGUGAUUGCUUCGAUAUGGACUGCAAUAAUCUCGUUAUAUCCGCACAUUUUCUGGGCAAACAUCCCAUAAUAUUAUACGACUCGAAUACUAACGGCUGUGUUGAAGACUUUUUCAAAAUAAAUAUUGGAAAAUCCAUCAUGUUUGCCAUGACGUACGACAAAAUUUGUGCCAUCAAGGACUUUGAAAUCGUUCUAGAUUUGAACAAGCAACCUCCAUGUUCACAUUGUGUAACUAAAAUAGGAACAUCUAAGAUGGAUUACACUAAAGAAUUCUUAGGUUUGAGAGAAGAAUUAUGUAUGAAAUGGGCCGAUGAACAGCCAAAAGAUAAUAUUAUUUGCACCACAUCCACUCCGAUGCUCAAAAAUCAGUUUUAUAUACUUUGCAGCGAUAGCGAAGAUAACGAUGCGAUUGGUAUAAUAGAGGUGUCCGUGCGAAUGUCAUUCUUGGGCAAAGAGAUCACGACGGCAUUUUCCGCUUCACCGACGCCAAAAGGAACCUCACGUUUGCUGAAGGAAGGCAACGGUAUGACGAUGUACUCUUGUCAAAAAGUGGAAAUGGAUGAACAAGGAAAAGUAUUAUUGGAUGAAGACGUUCUCGGCAAAAACAGCUGCAGACCUCUCACCAGGAGUGCUAGUCCGAUGUCAGAGAUUUCUUCAUUAUCUACUCGAAAACCUCAUUACACGGGAGGUUAUAUGGAUCACAAUAAUCUAGGUGGUAUGCCGAGAUACGAUGAAAUUUUUACAAAAAUGAAUGACAACGAGUUGAAAAUACGAGUACCCAAAAGCACGAAAGUGGAACGAGUUGGAAGAUACGAGAAAAUUCAGGAACUUUGUGAGUGCGAAGAGACGCCGUACAACACGGGAGACCAGAUACAGUUCCAGCUGCCUUCGGACAUCCGCAAGACAGACAACACCUACACGUCAAAUCUUAAAUACACCAUCGAUACUCCGGUCAAAACGUACGAUAAAAAGAAUAGAAAAGUUAUAAAUGUUACUCCGACCAACUGCUCCGUGCCUGUGGAUAUGGAGAAGAGGUUGCACUCACAAAAGGAUGUUUUUAUUCUCAAAAUUGGGAAAAAACUAGAAACUAAAGACAAAAAGACUGACUUAGAAAUAGAACUUGUGACUCCAAAAGCUCCUGGGUCCGAACCCGUUGAAAAUAAUACAGUCUCUCAACAAGUCAGCAAAUCUAAAAUAAAGGAUAAAAAGAAGAAUAAAAACAAAAAAGGCGAAAAAGGAAAGAAAGCCAGUGCGAAGGCAUCCAAGACUAAGAAAGCGAAAAAAACAAAAUAAUAGACUUUAAUCAAUUUAA